CUUACACCGUAUACCCUUACGCGCCACGCCUCUCUUCCUCACUUAAUCUCACAUUGUCGCCAGCUCUGGCCCUCUUCCACUCUGCAGCUCAACUGUACAUUGGUUUGAGAAAGUUUGAAUCCUGUAAAGGGGGAAAACCAAUAUGCGUUCAUGGACAGCGGCGGAGCCGGACACGGUGAUGAAGAAUCGAUUAGUAGGGUUCCUACUAUGGCAGUCGAUUCUAAGUAGUUUGAUUUACUUAGCUUUCACGAUGACGCUCGUGUACUGGCGCUCCCUCACUGCAAUCUUCAUCUCCUUUUUCAGUUUUCAUCUCUCCCAGCUGCUCUUCUCUGUGUCCCUCUCUACCGUCUUAUCUCCCCAGCCUAAAUUUAGACGCGUUCUGCUGGCGCUGCUGGCCGUGGCGGCUGUUUCGGGUUCUCUCUCGGCAGUGUCCCUUUGUGGGGUCAAUGGAAGAGUGGGGUUUAAGGGUUUUUCUUUGGGGUUGAUCUUUGCCGUUUUUUAUAUUUAUAAGAGGCGAUGGGUAUUGCAGUUCCCCAUUAUUCAGCGACCCCUUUUCUUUAGCUUCAAGAUGGGGAUCCAUUCUGCCAUUGUUAGAGCAUUAAAGCUUUCUGCUGCAGCUUAUCUAUUUUCAGCUCUGCUGUUGGCAUUUCUGCCACACGAUUUUAGCAUCGAUCUCGAGCUCGGGAACUUUUUUGCUCUACAUAUAGUCGCUUAUGCUGCCGGCUUUUGUAUGUUUCUUUGUUGGGAGUUGACUCACCAUUUGCAUCAGGCGCUACAUACAAAAAGGUUCAUAUUUGCACCACCAAAAGGAUCUGCAGCAGCAGAAACUAAUCCAAGUGAGCCUCUCCUAGCUGCAUUAGAGGAGACCUCUCCAGCUUCCCUUCUGAAAUAUCUUGCAUACCUUGAUCUUUGUAUGGUUUGUGAGAACAAUGUUGACUACUGGCGUCGAGCUGCCUUCUUCGAAGAAACUGGUGAGACUUACAAAAGAGUUGCAGCUGUAUGCUUGAGACCUUUGGAGCAACUUGCAUCAAAGUUGGUCCAAGGUCUUGAAGGUUCUUCAGAUGAUAGAACAUGCUCAAUAUCUGACCAAUUGCAGUCGUCAACUGACCGCCAGAAUUCAAAAUGCUCAGAACUAAUGAACGACUUCCAGAUAUACACAUGGUCUGCUCGAGCAGUUGCUUCCUUGACUGCACACUCACGAAAAGAAGACAGAUUCGGAGUUGCUCAACUCUCAGGUAGCAAUGCUGCUGUAAUCUCAACGCUCAUAGCUUCUUUGCUUGCUGUUGAAACGUUGAUGGGGAAAAAAACAAGCUUGCAACCGUCUCAUAAUUUGAUGGGAGCAUUCGGGACAAAAUCGGCUGUGUUCAGUGGCGGAAGAAGAGAUGUUAGAGCUGGAAAAAGGAGAGAUGACCCACUAUAUGCAAAAGCAUACGCCAUGGCUGAUGUUUUAAGGACUUCAAUUUACUGCAUCGUGUCAGCUUUCCACCCUGAGAUGCUGGCAAGUGCCAAAGCAGGCCUUCUCGAGAAGGAUUGGAUCGGUAGUGGCAAACCUCCGUUCGGAACUCGUGAGUUGCUGUCGCAGAAAUUGCAUCUUUUCCUAGACUUCCAAGCAAGUUGAACGAUUAUAACCCGAAAAAGAGAGAGUAGAAAAUGUUGUUUCAGAGGAUUGACUGUUGGCAUAUCUCCUAUUCGGGUCCCUCGUCCCUUUGCCGGUGCUUUUGACGGAGCAAAUCAGCCGUCGUGGAAAUUAACCAAAUGUGAGGACUAUAGGUGCUUUUUCCAUUUCGAUUUCUACGAAAGAAAGACUCGUAAGGUUUUUGUGUUGCUGCAUUAUGCUAUGAUGAAGCGUCUCACAUGAUACGAAUUGAUUGCCAUAUUU